AUGAGCAACAAAUUUCUAGGCACGUGGAAGCUUGUCUCCAGCGAGAAUUUUGAUGAUUACAUGAAAGCUCUGGGUGUGGGGUUAGCCACCAGAAAACUGGGAAAUUUGGCCAAACCCAAUGUGAUCAUCAGCAAGAAAGGGGAUAUCAUCACUAUACGAACUGAAAGUACCUUCAAAAAUACUGAGAUCUCCUUCAAGCUAGGCCAGGAAUUUGAAGAAACCACAGCUGACAAUAGGAAAACCAAGAGUAUCAUAACCCUGGAGAGAGGCGCAUUGAAUCAGGUACAGAAAUGGGAUGGCAAAGAGACAACCAUAAAGAGGAAGUUGGUGGAUGGGAAAAUGGUUGUGGAAUGUAAGAUGAAGGGCGUGGUCUGCACCAGAAUCUAUGAGAAGGUCUGA